AUGGGAGGCUUGAGUGAAGUAAAAGGCACGUCAUUUAACCAGCUCGUAAAGAUAAUCAAGGAGAUGGCGAGAAGAAAGGAUUCAGUGCCCAGAAGAGAAGAAACGAGUAAGAUUCUACAGAAAAUCGGAGAGUUGGCGAGCUCAAUGCUGUACCUAAUGAAAGAGCACCCGUAUCACAUACCAGUGAUACUGUAUCAACUGUCAUCUAUAACAUCGAGAAUUGAGCCUCCACGCCAACAGGAAUGUGUAAGCAGAAUCUCUGAAAAACGUAGUAAAACCAGGUAUAAUUCAUGUAAAACAUGUAAUGGAGUUUGUGAUGAAGUUUACGUAAAUUUCGCGGACGUAAUUAGGAAUAAUUUGGUGUAUUUGAGCCCCAAGGGGCUAUCGCAAGUAUUAGUGAUCCAUUCAGAAUGCAAAAAUGAAGAAAUGUGUAAAAUAAUGGCUGAAAUAAAGCUAAGAAUGUGCUAUUUUAUGUAUUGUAGAUGUAAAAACGCAAGUAAAAGCAAUGCCGAGGAUGACAUAGAUGCUAUAGUGGAUCAGUAUUCAGUUGUGUUUGAAGAAUACGCAGGAAUUAAGCUCCAGAAGGAUGAUUACCUGGUUAAUUUUAUAAAGUUUGGGUCAUUGGGGUGUGAGAACGUAGACAAACACUCCAGUUACUACUUGCCACUGAGCUUGAUGGACAUAUGUGUAACAUUGGAAUCAAUAGCACCGUCUCAGAGUAGCAAUGGUAACGAGGAACCGUACGGUAGAAGUGGCAAUUUGCUGAGUGAGUUGAUUGUAAGGCUGUCUUUUAAGUUGCUUAAGUAUCAUAAUUACAGUAAAAGAGAGGCAGUAGAACGACCUAAAGUCACAAGCAAAUGUGAACUUGAUUCAGUGUGCAGAUUAAUAGGAUUGUUUAAGCGCCUUAAGUAUAGAGACGAGUCUAUAUUGAAUGUGAUAGCGGAGAUAUUGAAUAAUAAUUUGCAACAGUUGGAUUUUAGGAAUCUGGUAACACUAUUGGAUUCAUUUAGUGUACUGAGUGAGAUAGUUUUAGAUUUUAAAAGUAUUGUCUCCAGAAUUGUAAAUUUAACCAAAGUUGAUUCUCCAGACUACCUGAGAUCACUGUCAACCAUAAAUCAGGUGAUCAGCAGAAUCGGUAAGAGAGUCUUUAUUGCUGACUAUGAGCAUCUGACGAAUGUUACGAAGCAGUCGUUGAUACGAUAUGUGUCAAAGAAUCCAAAUGAACUUAAAAACACGAGGGCAAUUGCUGCUAUUGCAAUGCUGCUGAGUAACAUACAAGAGCCUGAGGUCAUUAGUAUAGUGUCUGACGCAAUAUUGGAGGACCUAAUAACAUUCGAUAGGAGGAAUUUGUACGACUACGACGUAAUAAUUGACGUUUUAAUUAAAAACUAUCGAAAGUAUGCUAAAAUUGCUGCCACUCUUAGUGGUGCCAAUGGGAACAGUAUCAGUGAUAGCAGCGGCAAUAGUGCCAGCAGUAAUACCAACGUAUGUAAAUUAUAUAGUUCAAUAUGCCUCAUGGUGUCCAAAUGUAGUUCACAUUACUGUGGAGUACUCGAGGAACGUCUGAGUGCGUCAGGUGAAAGUGGCAAUCAUGGUGUAAGUCUAAGCGGGAUGCCAUUGAGAGAGAUGUGUUACUUUCUAGUAAAUUUAGAAGCAUUUAGUAGACUACAGCGUGUGGAAAACCCCUUUCUGGACUGCUGUAACGUCAAUAUCGCAAACUUGACGAGGAAUCUAGAGUGGUUCUUCACAAGAUACCACACUAGGCUGUGUGAAAUGGACCACUAUCAAAUUUCAAACUACCUAUCGCAAAUGUCAUGA